AUGAAGAGCUUCAUCAACAUACCCAGAUAUGCCCUCGUUACAAUCGCAGUCCUCGCCACAAAUUUGGUCCUCGCUCUGCCUACUUCUGAGACCGGCUCUAGUCAGAGCCCGGAUCUUCCCGACGGGUAUACACUCGAUCAACUGCACAUUACUGGAGAGGUCAACGGCGUCGCUGUCAACUAUACUGGUUCUGUCCAGGAAGUCUUUGCGCAACUCGAUGCGGAAGACAAUAGCUUCAAGCUUUCCGAUUUAGCUGGCAUCCAGAGACGGACCAUUACUGACGACCUCGAGCAAUUAGAUAAGAGAUACCCAACCGAUCUACACUGUCUCCCUGUAUCUGGCCAGAACUGGCACGGUGCGGACUCAAGAGCUAUUUCUGAUGGUAUCAACUUCCUCAGGGAAGGCUGGCAAACAUGUAAUGUUGGACCUCGUAAAUGCGUGCGAGCUAGUUGUUCAUGGAACGCGGCUAUUUAUGUUUGCAACAAUCAAGAUAAAGAGAUCCGCCCAACGUGCGAUCUCAUCGCUGCAUUCGCGCAAGUAAUGUUGGAUAAGUGUCUUAUUCGUCGCGGGAUUUUUCAGCACAAUCUUGUUGGAGGACAAUACUGGGAUAAUGAGAACUGGAAUGUAAACAUAUACAGUGAUCGAUGUUAA